AUGGGCUUCAAAAUCAUCAUUGUUGGUGGCAGCGUCUCGGGCCUCUCUUUAGCUAACAUGCUGGAGAGGCUCGAUAUCGACUACACCCUUCUCGAGGCAUACCCCACCAUUGCACCGCAGGUAGGUGCGAGCAUCGGUUUACUUCCCAAUGGAUUCCGAAUCCUUGAUCAACUUGAAUGUUUCGAACCAAUCCUUGAAAUGGUUGGAGAAUAUCACCUGAGAAAUAGCCUUCGCGGUCCGGAUGACAGACAGAUGCUACUUCAGGUUCUCUACGACAACCUGAAGAAUAAGGACAAAGUCAUCCCAGAAAAACGAGUCGGAAACGUUGAGCUUCUCAAGGAAGGAGUGCGUGUACACACAAAAGAUGGCUCCGUAUUCGAGGGCGACAUCGUAGUCGGAGCAGACGGCAUCCAUAGCACUGUUCGAGAAGAGAUGUGGCGUAUUGGUCAUAAACAACGGCCUGGCUACUUUCCUGUUGACGAACACUCUCGAGUGCCCGUAGCUACGAAGUGCAUUUUCGGCAUCUCCAAACGCCCCAGUAACCUUCCCAUGCAUAAUCAACAGAUGGUCUUCAACGAAGGAAGAAGUUACCUCAUUAUCAGCGCACCCGGCAAUCGGACAUACUGGUUCUUGUUCGCGGGCGUUGGAGACACUAUGUAUGGGAAGGACAUCCCGAGGUACUCCAAGGAAGAUACAGAGAAGUUGGCUCUCGAGCACUGGAAAGAUCUAGUUUUUGAAGAUGUUACAUUUGGGGACAUCUACAAGAACAAGAUAAUGGCCACCUUGGUGCCUCUGGAAGAGUACGUCUUUGAGAAGUGGCACUAUCAACGGAUCGUAUGCAUUGGGGAUGCUAGUCACAAGAUCGACCCCAUCUCUGGACAAGGAGGCAACGGUGCCCUGGAGGCUGCGGCGCUGCUCACAAACGCCCUGGCCGACAUGCUGGAGAAGAAUCCAAAGGCGCAACCCACUGAAGUUGUCGAGGCCGCGCUGGCCCAGGUCCAUGUCAACCGCCAUGAUCGAGCGAAAACCCUGGUAGCAAAUGCCCACACGCUCCAGCAAGUUUUGACCGGGAGAUCACCAUACUCCAAGAUUGUAACCAAGUACCUAGUCCCCCUGUUGGGAGACGAAGGUUUCCUCGGUGCUGCGGUCCCCAUUUGCAAGGCUAGCCGCCGGGUUUACAGGAUUCCACUACCGAAACGACGCCGCUUGGUGCCCUUUGACGACGAACUCCCAGCCCUACCUAUGGCAAAUCAAGCGGCAUCGAGAAUGGCGUUAGUCUUGGCGUCUGGGUCCUUUGCAGCGCUGCUCUACUACUCUAACGGUUUCGCCCACUUCUUCAACUUGAAGGAGAGCGCCAGACUAUGGAUCUCUGGAGCUUCGGAUCUUGACCUCGUUUCAGGUUUGACAAAGACAUUCUCGCUUGAUCAUCUUGUCGAAGACAUCCAAUUCAAGACAAGCCUCUUCUCCGCCCUCGUCGUCUGGCUCGUAGAGGGGCACCGAUUCGGCAACAGGCUUUCAGCUCCUCUAUGGCCAUCGAUUUCUGCUGCCCCUUUCACAGCCUUCGGCUUCAAGGCUAUCAUGCCACUUCUAGGUCUCGGCAUCGUUACUCAAGGCACCAACACCCUGACUGGUAGGCAUGUACCUGUUAAAUACGCCAAGGCAAUUCUUCCGUCGGCUAUCGUUGGCUACGCCAUCCCCACGAUCCUCGCAUGCCUGCCGAUACAAAACCGGCAGCUCCGACAUGCCGUCGGUCUCGUUGCCUCUGCGGCCCCGGUCUUCAGCGCGGCUCUAGUCAACGGCAUCGGCUCGGUCAUACAAAAGGUGAAGGAUGUAACUUCAUCCAUAAAGGCCGACAAGGAAGUCAAGGGAGAAGACAAGAAGGAGUUCACUGACAUGUACGACAAGAAAGAUGUAGUGCCGCUCAAGACGGCCUACGCAUUCGCGGCAGGGGUCUGCGCUACGAUUCACGUGGCGAGCGCUAUGUUUCAGGCCUUGGCUACAACUUCGUCUGGCAGCUUGCCAGAUGGUAUUCCUACAAGUACCGGUUUGUUUGGACUCGCUUCUGCUGCAUUGUCUCUCUAUUCGGCGUGGGACUUGCGAUCAGAGGGUUUUGUUACUACCAAGCAGGCGUUGCUGGGCUCUCUGGGCUCCAUUGCUAGUGGCAUUGCUGUCGGCCCUGGUGCAGCGCUUGCAGGUUUCUACUAUUGGCGUGAGAGUGUGUUGGAUAGUUUUGGCAACUGAUUAUUCGUGCGAGAAUAUCCCGCGUGUUAUAGGGCAAUGUUAAGUGGUGUGAAAUAUCUUGCUUGAUGAAUUCUACAGUGUAGCAAGA